UUGUCUUAAUCCCCUUUAACCUAAUCGGCUUCAAACCUGAGUGUGUGGACUCGACUUUGGCACAGAACUCAUCUUCUACCUCCAAUGAACGAAAUAUAACCCUCAAGGUGGAGACUCUCACCUCGACACACGGCAGACUCAUCUAUCCCAACGGCUCAGCCUAAGUAGGACCAUUUCUGAUCCGCAAAGACUGAGACUUCGCGCGAGUGGAGAAGGCUCUGUAAUAGUAAGAUUUUUUUUGGAGACGAACACGGAGGACGCAAACUAGGUCGUCAUGGUUCAUCAGACUGGAAACUCGAUCAGGUUGUUGACGGGCAACUCGCACCCUCGACUUGCGGAAGCUGUGGCCUCGAGACUCGGGAUAGCCCUGACGCCAUGUCACGUCUCCAAAUUCUUGUCUCUCGAGACCAGUGUCCAGAUACAUGCUUCGGUACGAGACGAGGACGUCUUCAUCCUCCAGUCACCUAGCCCCCCGGACAUCAACGACCAUCUUAUGGAACUUUUGAUCAUGAUUUCUGCCUGCAAGACAGCUUCAGCCAAGAGAAUCACCGCUGUCAUUCCAUGUUUCCCUUACUCCAGGCAAGACAAGAAGGACAAAUCUAGAGCGCCCAUCACUGCCAAGCUGGUCGCCAACCUGCUCGCUGUCGCCGGUGCAGACCACGUCAUCACGAUGGAUCUCCACGCCUCUCAGAUCCAGGGAUUUUUCGACAUCCCUUGCGAUAAUCUUUGGUCCGAACCAUCCAUGGUGACGUAUAUAAAACAAGAGAUACCAGGAUGGAAGAAUGGAAUCAUCGUCAGUCCAGACGCAGGAGGAGCAAAACGAGCCACUGCCCUAGCAGAUCAGCUCAAUCUCGACUUCGCCCUUAUCAACCGGAAACGCAAACGAGACCUCUUGGCCGCUACGCUGCCGACUGUGCCGCCCACUCCGGCCGGUUCAGACUCAGGCAGUCAUGAUGAUGACGAGGAAGCGAGAAGUGUCGAAAAGAUGGAAUUGCUGGUCGGGGAUGUCAGGGGCAAAGUGGCGAUUCUGAUUGAUGAUAUGAUCGAUACUGGUCACACUGUGAGAUUGGCAGCGCAAGUCCUUAGAGAGGCAGGAGCCAAAGAGGUCUACGCAUUGAUUUCGCACGGGCUCUUGUCUGAAACGACCAUGGAGAACCUGAGAGAUCUGCCUGUCGAGAAGCUAGUCGUCACCAACUCUAUCGACCAAACGCAUAGGAGACAGGAAUGUGGAGCCAUGCUCGAAAGCAUCGACAUUUCCCCAGUCAUCGCAGAAUCCAUCAGGCGUACGCAUAACGGAGAAUCUAUCUCUGCCCUGUUCAAGCAUUCGUACUUUUGAUCGAUAACCUUUUGUUUUAUCUAGAGUGUCUUGGAGAGCUGUACGACUAGAGAGAAGUCCGGCGCGAGAGAUCUAUAACACCCGCGAAACAAAACCCCUAGAACCUAAAUGUCAUGUCGCAUUGCAUACCAAUCGCACCUUGAGAUUCAGCAGAAAGGAGGAGUCAAUUAGAGGAUAAAUGUCAGCCUAAGCGUUGC